UCUAUCCAUAACAAUCGUUUAAUCGCUUUGUAAAAGUGCGACAAUUACCUUUUUUCUUGUAACUUUCCAUAUAAAUAAACAAGGCAUACUCUGCAGCAUUGUACAACCGGUAGUAAAUUGUGCAACCUGGUGACAUAAAAUCCCGCCACCAUGGCAGACGAGGAGAAUGCAGCUGAUGUGACACUAACAUCUGUUGUCAAUCAAACCACACCGCCCAAUGAAAUUGAGGCCUCAUUUCUCCAAUACAUCGAAAUGGAAAAUUUCAAGUCCUACCGUGGUCACGUUCUAGUGGGUCCACUAAAGCAAUUUACGGCAGUAAUAGGUCCGAAUGGUUCUGGCAAGUCUAACUUUAUGGAUGCCAUCAGUUUUGUUAUGGGUGAAAAAACGACCAGUUUGCGUGUAAAACGUCUAAACGAUCUAAUACAUGGAUCUUCGAUUGGUCGACCUGUGGCGCGUAGUUGUUAUGUUACGGCCAAAUUUAUUGUUAAUGGUGACUACCAGUUGGAUUUUCAACGCGCAGUUAUUGGCGGUUCUUCUGAGUAUAGGAUUAAUGGUAAUAGCGUUUCCAGUGCAUCCUAUUUGGCCAGGUUAGAGAAGAUGGGCAUAAAUGUCAAAGCCAAAAAUUUCUUAGUUUUUCAAGGUGCUGUCGAAAAUAUAGCCAUGAAAACUCCAAAAGAAAGAACCGCCUUAUUCGAAGAAAUAAGUGGUUCUGGUUUAUUAAAGGAAGACUAUAAUCGUCUUAAACAAGAAAUGAUACUGGCAGAAGAGGAGACACAAUUCACAUAUCAAAAGAAAAAGGGUAUUGCGGCUGAAAGAAAAGAAGCUAAACAUGAGAAAAUGGAGGCUGACCGCUAUGCUCGUUUAAAAAAUGAAUAUAAUGAGAAGAAAGUCGAAUAUCAGCUGUUCCGACUUUAUCAUGUCGAGAAAGAUAUACAAAAACUUAAUGACGAGUUGGAAAUAAAACAAAAGGAUGUCAAAGAAGUUGAAAGUCGUAAAGCUGCUGUAGACGAGGUGCUGAAGGAAAAGAAGAAAGAAUCCGGCAAAUUCAAUCGUGAUUUGGCAAAAGUUGAUCAGGAAAUACGUGAAUUUGAAACGCAGAUGAAUAAAAAGCAUCCGCUAUACAUCAAAGCCAAAGAAAAGGUUGCACAUUGUCAGAAAAAGUUAAAAUCAUUGGCAAAAACACUUGAAACGGCAAGAGAAGCUGACAAUGCACAUCAACAAGACAUACGGAAGCUUGAGAAACAACUAAACGAAGUUGAACAGCUGAAAAAAAGAUUCGAGGACGAAAUAGCAAAUGAAUCAACGCGACGUGGCAAAAGUGUACACAUGGAAGAAGGUCUGGUACAGGAAUAUGAUAGUCUCAAACAAGAAGCAGAAGCAACCGCUACUAAAUACCGUUCGCAGCUGGAUUCUGUUAAUCGAGAACAGAAAUCUGAUCAGGAUUUACUCGAUGGAGAAACAAAUCGCCGAGCAUCGGUGGAAGAAGCCCUAAAGAAGUUAACAUUGCAACGUGAGGAGGCCAUAAAGAGACGAGAUAAAUUAAUGGAUCAUAUCAAAUCGUCAGAAGCAGCCUUGGAGGAACAGAAUCGCAUCAAAGAUGAGCUGAAACGUGAUGUGGGUAGUUCUAAGGAAAAAAUUGCUGAAAUACAAAGUAUAUUGGAAGAUGUUCGAGAUCAAUUAGGUGAUGCAAGGAGCGACAAACACGAAGAUGCCCGUCGAAAAAAGAAGCAAGAAGUUGUCGAGCUGUUUAAAAAACAAGUACCGGGCGUGUAUGAUCGAAUGAUAAAUAUGUGUCAACCUACACAUAAACGUUACAAUGUGGCCGUUACCAAAGUUUUGGGCAAAUUUAUGGAAGCAAUAAUAGUCGAUACCGAAAAAACUGCCCGCCAAUGUAUUCAGAUACUUAAAGAACAAAUGUUGGAAGUGGAAACAUUCUUGCCGCUGGAUUAUUUGCAAGUUAAGCCCCUUAAAGAACGCCUAAGAAACAUAAGUGAACCACGCAACGUUAAACUUGUAUUUGACGUUUUAAAAUUCGAGCCCAAAGAAAUUGAACGAGCAGUACUUUUUGCCACUGGCAAUGCUUUAGUCUGCGAAACACCUGAAGAUGCCAUGAAAGUGGCAUAUGAGUUGGAUCGUUCACGUUAUGAUGCUUUAGCAUUGGAUGGUACAUUUUACCAAAAAUCUGGACUCAUAUCCGGCGGUAGUCAUGAUUUGGCACGCAAAGCUAAGAGAUGGGACGAGAAGCACAUGGCCCAACUUAAAAUGCAAAAGGAAAAAUUGAGUGAAGAGCUUAAGGAAUUGGUUAAGAAAUCCCGCAAGCAAAGUGAAUUGGCCACUGUGGAAUCUCAAAUAAAGGGUCUGGAAAAUCGAUUGAAAUAUAGUAUGGUAGAUUUGGAGUCAUCGAAGAAAUCUAUACAACAAUUCGACAAACAGCUGCAACAAGUUCAAAGUCAAUUAGAUGCGUUUGGGCCAAAAAUAACCGAGAUCGAGAGACGCAUGGAAAAGAGAGAAGAACAUAUCCAGGAAAUCAAAGAGAAUAUGAAUAAUGUAGAAGAUAAAGUAUUUGCUGCAUUUUGUCGCCGUUUGGGCGUCAAAAAUAUACGACAAUACGAAGAACGUGAAUUAGUAAUGCAACAGGAAAGGGCUCGCAAACGUGCCGAAUUUGAACAACAGAUUGACGCUAUUAACACUCAGCUGGACUUUGAGAAGCAGAAAGACACAAGAAAAAAUGUUGAUCGCUGGGAGCGUAGUGUACAGGAUGAGGAAGAUGCAUUGGAAAAGUUGAGAGCCGCCGAGAAACGAUAUUUAAGUGAAAUUGAUGAGGACAAAGAGAAAAUGGAGAAACUAAAACAACUUAAAGCUGAAAAGAAGCAGGCUGUCGAUGAUAUGGAAGAAGAAAUUUCCAAAGCAAGGAAAGAUGUCGCCAAUUUGGCUAAGGAAAUUCACAAUGUGGGCUCAAUGGUGUCAUCGAUUGAAUCGAAAAUUGAAACAAAGAAAAAUGAACGUCACAAUUUGCUGAUGCAGGCAAAGAUGGAUUGUAUUGCUAUUCCACUAUUGAGAGGAUCGCUGGACGAUUGUGUCGGUCAAGGUGGUGAAAUUGACAGUAAUACCCCCUCAACUUCUGCAAAUGCCGUUGUAGAUAAGGAAACCAACAUUGAAGUCGAUUACUCAAGUCUACCACGCGAUAUUUGCAAACUCAAAGACGAUUCGAGUUUCAAGAAAAUGAACGAAACAUUACAAAAAGACCUGCAGGCGAAAUUGGAUGUUUUGGAGCGUAUACAAACUCCCAAUUUGAAGGCAGUACAGAAACUUGAUGCUGUUACAGAGAAGGUGCAGCUGACAAAUGAAGAAUUUGAAACCGCACGCCGUAAAGCGAAAAAGGCUAAAGCUGCAUUUGAACGUGUGAAAAAUGAACGCUCCGAGCGCUUUAUUCAGUGUUGUAACCAUAUAUCAGAUGCCAUUGAUGGGAUUUAUAAGAAACUUGCACGCAAUGAAGCAGCCCAGGCAUAUUUGGGUCCCGAUAAUCCAGAAGAGCCUUAUUUAGAUGGUAUAAAUUAUAAUUGUGUAGCACCGGGCAAACGUUUCCAGCCCAUGAGUAAUUUGAGUGGUGGCGAAAAGACAAUAGCAGCUUUAGCAUUACUAUUUUCCAUUCAUAAUUAUCAACCUGCUCCAUUCUUUGUACUUGACGAAAUCGAUGCCGCGUUGGAUAAUACAAAUAUUGGCAAGGUGGCCUCAUACAUUCGAGACCAUACCACAAACUUGCAAACCAUCGUUAUUUCAUUGAAAGAGGAAUUUUAUGGGCAUGCCGAUGCUUUAGUCGGCAUCACGCCGGGUGAUGGCGAUUGUUUGGUUUCCAACGUUUAUAUGUUUGAUUUGACUCGUUUUGUGGAUAAGUAAUCAUUGCAACCCUUAAUAUUAGAUUCGAGUUUCACAAUUACAUUUUAUAUAUUAUUUCAUAAUUAUGAUUUUGUAGACUUUCAGAUAUAAAUUUUUCCUUUCCAGUGUGACGUAUUUUUAAUAUUUAGAAGCAACAUAGAUUAAUGCACAAAACUACCAUUUAAGUAAUAAAGAAAUCAAAAGUUUUUUACUACAAUAUAUUAUGUAAAAAUGUAUAAUACAAAUUUAAGAUUCCAAACAAA